AUGUCGAAAUUUCUGAAGAGUUCGGAGUCUGUGCUAUCAGCGGAAUGUGUUCUGAUUUCCACUUUCGAUUAUAUUCUAGAAGAGCUUCGAACCGAAGAAAUGACAAAAGUCGAUGCGGCGACGUCUUAUGUAGAGGAUAAUGGAGUGGAGACGAUUGAAAAGAUGCUAAAAUUAUCCAAUAAUCGACUCAGAAUGUACGGAACCGCCCGUGAGCUCGCUGAAAACGUUAAAAUGUAUAGAAAUGUGUCGGGAAGUCAUCAGUUUUCCGAAAUGCACGGCUAUCGUCUGUAUCCCUAUCAUACGACUCCAAUCGUGUAUCUCAGCAUGAAAAACGCGGAAUACAUCUGGAAAAUCGACGUUUUUGUCAUCCUUCAAAAUAUGUUCUUCGAUAUUUAUCCAUUAGAUAAACCCCAAGUGCUCCGAACCAUCGUAGCGAUUUUUCUCCGUUCUCAAGAGCUGAAAAUCGUCGAAAAAUCUCGAUUUUUAGCUUUCGAUCAACAAAUUUUCGGAAAAAUUGAGCAAAAAAUGCGGGAAAUGAUGGAAAAGUGGGCGGAAUCUGAGAUUAACGUGGAUAUCGGAUUGCUUAUGGAAUUUUCGAGUCUUGAUCUACCAGAAUUACGAGAAAAAUUCAAAAAUUUGGUGCCGAUCGAGUGGAAACAGUCGGAUUCCAACUUUUUCCAUAAUAUUCUUCGUCGAUUCUGUAAUUUCGCUGAAAACGAGACGGUCGCCAUCAUUCGGCUAUACAUUAACACAAAACGUGUCGUCGAGUGUCUUCAGAUGAUUUUGGACCAAAAUUCGGAGAUUUUUCUGGAAAACUCGGUGAAAACUCCAGUUACAGUAAGACUGUUCGAGGAUGGAGAUCAGAAAUUCGUGAUGAAAUCAGAGUUAUUCGACGCGAUUAAUAAGAAGAAUACUAAUGACAGAAUUAUUGAUUUUUGUGAUGGCGAAUUCACGAUUAGUACGAUGGAUUGGGGAGAGGUCGAAGAGAAGUACGGAGAAAAGAUUGGCAGUGUUGAGUUCAUCCGUACCCCAAUCCUCCGUGCCAAACACAAAGCGAUCCCCAUCCCACAACCAACUGGCGAUGGAUUCUGUAUUCCUGCCGUCGACGCUUUGUUUGAUUUCAUCAAAACAGUGAUUUUCGUCGUGAAACCUUAUCAGAAAUUCAAAAAUCCAUAUUUGCACGAUUUGACGCCAGGUUAUGCGAUCACAGACGGAGCGUUUAUUCCAGAUUUUAAAACUCCAUAUUUCGUGAAACUGGACAAAUUGAGAGAGCUAAAAGGUCUAUUGCAUAUCAUGUCAUCAGUACUACUCGGUAUUCCAGCCAAAGAAGUCCGGAAUGCGAAAUCCGACGGAUUUACGGUGCAGAAUCUGAAAAAUGAGCUGAAACAUUUGAGUCUGACUGAAACUUUCACUGAAAUCGAGAAUUAUGCAGAAGUGGUAUAUAAGCAUGUGGAUAGAGUGAAGAAGGAGCAAUUUUUGAGAACUUGUGAUCUGUUUGAUGCAAUUGAGCACUGUCAGCGAAUUUGUAUUAUUAAUAGAGUGCCCAGACUCAAAAAAUUCUUACACAACCAAAAAGGAUGUGCGAGAGUUCCAGGAUUGAAAUGUGAUGAAUGUACGAAAAUUCAGAAGAUUCAGAAGAUUCAGAAGACGUCGGACGCCGAGAUUCCGCUGAAAACCGCGAAAACGCCCGAAUACUCUAAAAAUCCAACGAUAGCAUGCGAAAAAUGCACAGAAUCGUCGCAAAUCGUGCUGAAAAUCAAAAAUGAGCUGAAAAUAAAUCAGAAUUUGAUGUCAGAAAUGCGUAAAAACCGGGAAGACGCCGAUGAGCAGCAUAAGAAAGUUCUGGAAGAGAGGAAGAAGGAAAUUGGGAAUUUACAGAAGAAAAUCGAUACGCAGACAAAGUGGAAAACUGAGAAUUUGGAGUUGAAAAAGAGAAUUUCAGAGAUUUCUAGCCAGAAAAAUGAGGAAAUCAGUUAA